AUGUUGUUAAAAAUCCAGAGAGCAUUCGAAUGUGAAGAAGCUAAGAAACGGAAAGCGCUUAAAAUUAAAUGGGCUCGGCUGACACAAAACAGGAUACAGAAGAAAAGUUCCUUGCCUACACUAGCAAACUGCGUGGUUAAUAAAUCAUCGAUUGAAUUCACCCCAAGAGAACUGACAGUUUUGAACAAUCGACUAGUGUACGCGUUAUCAGCCACAACUCGAUUAGACGAAAUCAUCGUCAACAUCGAAGCAGGAAUAAAAUGGCUUAGCAGCGAGGCAAAAGAAGAGAUUCGAAGUAGGAUAUCAAAAAAAAAUCGAGCCAUCAAAGAAGCCAGUACGAUCUUCAAAGAUAUAACUAAACUAAGAAUGCCAAAUCCAUCAUUACCACGCAUUAGAUGCCAGCCCAAGAUACAUAAGGAAGGACACGAAAUGCGUAAGAUAAUCGCCGAUUCCAAUUCACCAACUUUCAACAUCGCAAGAUGGUUAAUCCAAGAAUUUUCAGCCCUGGGAAACACAUUUAACAAACACGCAAUAAGGAACACGAGUGAACUCACCAGCAAGCUACAGGAAGCAGGGCACAUAAACACAAACGAAGCGAUGGUAUCAUUCGAUGUUAAAGCUCUGUUCCCAAACACACCGAUUAAACCAGCUAUUCACCAACUAGAAGUUUGGCUGAAUAAAUUGAACAACACAAUAGAUUGGAGGGCCAAAGUGAGAUCAUACACAAAAUUGGCGUCGCUAUGGAUGGGUGAAAAUUAUUUUACAUUUCGUGGGAAAUUCUAUAAAACCACAGCAGGAGUCUCCGUGGGCAACCCAAUGUCACCACUGGUGACGGAAAUGUUUAUGGCAUAUGUAGAGUCAAUCAUUGAAGAAAAGGGGAUAAUGCCGAGGAUUUGGUUCAGAUAUGUCGAUGAUAUAUUUGCCAUAGUGGAAAAGGACAAGAUCGACAGCACUUUAACAGAAAUCAAUAGGAUACAACGGAAGAUCCAAUUCACAAUCGAAAAGCAAGAACAUGGAUCUCUACCAUUUUUGGACCUACGAAUAACAAACAACAGCGGAAAACUCGAAUUCGAGAUAUACAGAAAACCAACGGCAACCCAAAGAACGAUACCAGCAACUUCGGCUCAUUCAAUGGUACACCGGCUCUGCACAUACCCCUUAAACAAGGAUGGCUUCCAUAAAGAAAGAAUGUUCAUAGUUGAUACAGCAAUCAAGAAUGGUUACACGGCCGAAAUAAUCGAAAAAUUGAUUAAGAGAAAGCAAAACCAGAUAGAGGCACUCUAG